AUGUCCGGAGCCCUUGACGUCCUGCAAAUGAAGGGGGAGGAUGUCCUCAAAUUCCUUGCAGCAAGCACCCACUUAGGUGGCACCAACCUUGACUUCCAAAUGGAACAGAACCUACAAGCAGCAAUUGGCGCCUAUUAUGACUUUGAGAGCCCAAACAUCAGCGUGCCCUCGAUGUCCUUUGUUGAAGACGUCACCAUAGGAGAAGGGGAAUCAAUACCUCCUGAUACUCAGUUUGUGAAAACAUGGCGGAUCCAGAAUUCUGGGGCAGAGGCCUGGCCUCCAGGGGUUUGUCUUAAAUAUGUCGGGGGAGACCAAUUUGGACAUGUGAACAUGGUGAUGGUGAGAUCGCUAGAGCCCCAAGAGAUUGCAGAUGUCAGCGUCCAGAUGUGCAGCCCCAGCAGAGCAGGAAUGUAUCAGGGACAGUGGCGGAUGUGCACUGCUACAGGACUCUACUAUGGAGAUGUCAUCUGGGUGAUUCUCAGUGUGGAGGUGGGUGGACUUUUAGGAGUAACGCAGCAGCUGUCGUCUUUUGAAACGGAGUUCAACACACAGCCGCAUCGCAAGGGGCUCCACGGGCCUUACCCCUUCGGCCAAUCUUAAACGGGUGUCAGCAAGAAGAAAAAUUAACAAAAGACAGAAGGCCUGACUCUGGGGGGGAGGGCGAGGGGUUCCUCUGGAUUGCAGACCACAUCACAUGGACCCCUGGCUCUGACCCCCCAUCCUGGAAGAAGAGGAAGAAGGAGAACAGACUAGUUUUGAGUAAACUCAGUAUGCAUGUGUGAAUGCUGAAUCGCAGGAAUGGUGUUGAGGCUACGAGAAGAAGUCCGUGCAGCCACCUGGGGUUUUGUUUAUUGGGCAUCAGUCUAACAAGUCAUUAGGUCACUUGGGAAGGAGGAAAAAAACACUUAAAAUGGAGGGAAAAAGCCAUCUUUUUAAACAAAAUUAUUUUGCCUACAGAGAGGUUAUAGUUUUGAGCACAUGUUGUUUUUUUCCCCUCUUUGCCCACUUUUUUUUUUUUUUUAAUAAGGGGUAACAUACUCUUUAUAGAAUAGUGCUUGCUCUGGAAGUGAUUCAGGCUAAAAGCUGGCCUGGCAUGUUUGGGGACUGCGGAUCAGUGCUACAGGAGUAUAUCUGCCGUGCCACCUGGCUCCAGAAGUCUCUGACCCUAUUUGUUUUUCAUGGCAUCAGUCAAUGAAUUAUCACCCUUUUCCUCCUCUUUUCUCUUUAAUCUUCUGUUGAUUUACACCUUUGGCAUUUGUACUCAUCAGCCUUGUGGCUUGUUAGCAUCAGAAUCUCUCUGAAGACCAAACUUCCCUGUGUGGCCAGCAGAGGAAGGUUUGAGGACAGAUCUCGGGUGACGUGGAUUUUCUGAGGCCGAGAGGUCCUUCUGCACACCCUUGUAACGAUUCAAAUUGCUUUUCUUCCAUGUUUCUUUUGGCAGAGAGAAAUGCCAUCCUGCUUACUGCUCUUUUGGAUUCCUCACACAGUGGCUCCCGUUCGCUCUGGGAACACUGCCUCUGUGCUGGGACACGUGCACAGCACGUGUGCGCUCAUGGGUAUAGGUGCAGCUCACCAGCAGGUGUGCAGCAGGUGAGCUGAAGGCAACCAUGCUUCUCUUUUGCCACACAGCUCCCUUUCCUGUGUUUUCCUCAGCUGUCCUGUGGUUUCUCACAGCCUGUUAGUGGAGGCUGAUCUGUUAAGGGAUGAAAAUACAGUCCCAAAUGAGGAGCUUGUCAUGGGGAAGAGCCCACAGCCACUGACUGCUUGAUCUUGGAGAACACAUUUAGAUGGAAUGAGAGAACUGCCCACCCACCCCAACCCACCCCUGCCCCGGGAUGCUUGGUUAUUGCAGGAAGGUGGGCAAGGGGCGAGGCCAGUCGCUUGGCAUCCUGUGGACCAGAGCAGGUCAAGGCAUGGGUAUCUCUGAGGAAAGCGCGAACCCCGCUAGAACAGCUGUCUGCCAAAGAUACAAGAAUAUGCAAAGUCCCUCUUCUCACCCCCUCCUUCCCUCGAGUCUUAGUUGGUUUGAGAGCCAGGGAUAUGGAUCCAGGGUGCGGUUGCAGGGUCACCUGCCUGUGGCCACACCCCCAUCCCCCUGGGGUGUGAGGCAAGCAGGGAGACUAGGUGACGCGUGGCUGCAAGGGUCAUAUAGCCUGGGUGUGGGUGAGGGUCUGCCUGCCUGUCUGUUCUGUCUGGGUGUCUGAGUUCCAAAAAUGUGUGUUGUUGGUUCCUCCUCAUCCUCUUCUGAGACUUGUUUUUUGAAGCUUGACUGUGGGAGAAGAGCUUGUGUGAAAUACCCCCUUCCCCUCCUCCCCCACCCAAAUAGAAGGGGGAAUACACUUGAGUCCACUGGAGUAGCCCCGGGGUGGGUAGCACUGGCCUACCGAGAGUGUGCAGCGGGGUCUGGGGCUAGACCUGAGCUUACCCUGGGAACACCUGCUGCCUGUGAACACGUGAGCGCCCCAUUCCCUAGCAGAGCAGAGGCACGACCCUGCCAGGUACCCACGCCACAGGGCUCAGGACGGCUUUUUGUCUGAGGGCCUUCUCAGGCCUAGGCUGCUGCUGCUGUUGGUGCCAACAUCCCGGACACUGCCCUGGAGCCCAGGCAUACCCAGCUGUUCUUCUUGCUUUACACCCUUGAAGCAGCACAUCUCCACCGCCCCCGGCAGGCCUGUGAGAGGCUUCACAACCCUCCUUUCCUGACUUCCUCGUCUGCCACUCCAGGUGCCCCUUCCCAGUGUCCCAUCGGGGGCUCAUAUGCCAGCAUUCGUGGCUCUGGGCCUGUCAGAGUCAUCUGUUUCUCCUCUUGCUUCAAGGCAGCCUCACUUGGCAGGUUAAGUGUCCCAAGCACCUGGCUCCUUUUCCAAGAAGAAGCCAUUUCUGUGCACAUCCCUGGAGAAGUGAGCUGCUUGCAGAGGGCGAGAGCAAGUGCAAGUCUUGGUAUGCGGGCAGAGAGGCCCAUGGCCUCCCCACACUCAGGAGGAUGUGCUCAUUCUCCCUCCCCUCGCUGAUGUGGCCCAGAUCAGUGCCUAGAGCCCUGCUCUGCUCCCCUGCCUAGUGGGGUGGUAGCGGCUACCUCUCAGCCCAGUAGUCCCUGCUCCUUUUAGAAUCUUCACCAAGUAGCAGGCCACCUCUGGUCAGGACCACCCACAUCUGGCAUCCAGGUGGCGAGGCAGACACCAUCCUUAGGUGAUAGGGUCUGAGCCCAGUUCGGGAGACAAGGGAUUCAGGCUUGGGAAGAAUCUGUCUGUGUGCAUGGAGUGAGGUGUGUGUGUGUGUGCGUGUGUGUGUGUGUGUGUGUGUGCACGUGUGCAUGCCUUUUUUCUUUUUGCCGUGGGGACAGUUGAAUUUGGGGCACUUUUGACUGGGUGUAACCUUGAACCCAUCAGAGGUACUUCCAGCUGGAGAGAACCUCACCAAACAGCUGGUGUGGCCUGAGGAUGGCCAUGGUGGGAAGUGGGCAUGAGAAUAAAUACCUCCCCAAAUUCAGCCUGAGCUCCAGCAGGAGAGGAUGGCAGCAUUGCCUGGGCUGGAAAGUGCUAGCUGAUUCCCCCACCCCACCUUGCCUCACCUUCCCCCCCUCCCUGGGUGAGUGCAGGAGUAGCAGUGGCUGCCCCUUCCACCUGGCCCAUGGCGUGUGCAGCAAGCUGGUGGGUGUUUGUGGUGGGGCCUCAUGGUGCCUAGGAGGAGAUGAUGAUGAGGAGGUUUUUUCCUUAUUGUAUAAAUGAAUAUUUGUAUGAUUAAAUUAACACACACACCAAAAAAACUA